UGUACUCGCACUCGUGAACAUAAUGCUGAGCAACAUUAAAGUGGUCGAAUUGCUCCUGUAUAUUCACAUGAUUCUACUACCAGCUAUCAGCAUCGUUUGUGCCGUGCAAAAUGAGACUUUGCCCCUAAAACAUAAAUCCUUAGGAAUAACUUAUGCUUUGAUUGUUUCCUUGGGCGUGAUAGGGUUCGGAAAUAUUUUGGCCGUACUGGUAUGGCGGAGAUCAGAACGAUUCGUUUACUUUUAUCAAGUUUUCUUCUUCAUUAUCCCACCAAUUUUUUGGGCCCUACUAAACUACCCGAUUUUGUCGGAGAAGCACAUCCCGACAAAGUUGGGAUUAAUACCCGCCUUUCACUUCUUGUUUUGCUUAACAUUCAUGAAUUGCGGAAUCCUGCUGGGAAUUUAUCAAGACUUGUUAAGAACGAAUGUGGGAUAUCCCCCAGCUUCGAGGCGGAUUGGGGUUCAUGUCACCAAGCUAAUUAGACUACAUUUCUGGGCACAUUUUGGUUACACCGUAAUGUCUCUGGCACUUGUCAUUUCUGCACAAUUUACACGCACAUUUUAUGAAUUCCUCCCAUUUACAAUCCCAAUUUUUUUGAGUGAAUUAAUGCGAUUGAUAUUUUGGUGCAUGUUCUACAAGGCUUAUCAAUUAAAAAGUUCCAAACCGAUCGCACGACUGGUUUUCGUCACCUACACGAACGACGUGAUUGGGAAAGGAAUCCAAUUCGUUGCCGACUACCACAGGCAAAUCGUUCUCGCAAAACCGUCCGGAUUUUCGGACAAGCUCGGGAUAACUUUUCCCCUACAACUUUUCGUAUUUAUCUUCUUCUACCGGCUUUGGUUCGUUUUCAUAAACUACUUUAAACGAAGAAGCGAAUCCGUGGAGAUGGACCAUUUUCACCGGAGUUUUGAAAAAUUUAUGACUGAGACAAAAAUACCGGUGAUUAAGGUGAAAUGUGACCAAUCUGACGCCACGUUUUUGGGGGGAGGCUUUUUCGGAAAAGUGUACAAGGCAGAGAUGAUCCAUCCUAGGGACGAAAUCGUAGCAGUGAAAUUCAUCACCGAUUUCAAAUCGGUACUCAAAGACGCGACCGCUUUGGAAAAGGAGUUACAAAUUUUAACCUUCCUUUCCUCCCAUGGGAACCCGAAUCUCGUCGGGUUUCACGGAAUCGCCUGGCAUUUUUCCAAUUUCACGUAUCAAGUUGGCAUCGUCCUGCAAUAUUGUGCGGGCGGAAUGGUUACACAAUAUUUGGACGGAAUCCGGUACCAGGACAGCUUCCCGUGGAAUGUGAAACCGGAAAUGUUCAAAACUCUGGAUAAAUGGAGUCUCCAAAUUGUGAAUGCGAUGAAAUACUUGGAAUCGAGAAAUAUUAUCCAUGGCGAUCUCGCAGCCCGAAAUGUGCUCUUGGACGGACACCAAAACGCAAAACUGGCCGAUUUUGGAAUGUCUCUCAAGUUAUAUCAGUACCAGGAAUACGCUCUUCCAGGCCAGACGGUGUUCCCCUGGAGGUACAUGGCCCUUGAAGUUCUGCAGGAUCUAAAAUUCUCUGCAAAAUCCGAUGUAUGGUCGUUCGGCGUGCUUCUCUGGGAAUUGUACACCUUCGGAGAAACCCCAUGGGCAGGGAUGGAAUGGAAUGCGGACUUUGUAACCCAGCUCACAAACGGACGAGUACUCAGAGCACCCGAGUUUGCGCGUCAAAUUUAUAAUGAGGUAAUGUUACCCUGUUGGAAUGCAGAUCCAGGUGAGCGUCCAUCAUUUGCGAAACUGGAAACAUUGCUGUCUCAGGGGAACAUGGAUUCAAGUUCCGUUCUAACAUAAUCCGACACUGCAAAUAAACUGGUGUCAAUUCCGCGCGGUGUAGUCACAUAUAGACACCACGCGGUGUUAAUACGGGCAAUUAACACCGCGUGGUGUCUAUAUGUGACUACACCGCGCGGAAUUGACACCAGUUUAUUUGCAGUGGACUAUUUGAAUGAGAAUUUUAUUAUCUAUUUACUUACGUGUUUAUCAAUUAAUUAUAUGUAUAAUUAAUCUCUUAAAUGUACAUAUGCAUGCAUAUUAUUAAUACGUAUAGCACAUAAACAGUCUACCCACCAAAGCACAUAAAUACGUAUGUAAAUAUUGCCAGGAUUACUCGUACCCGACAAUGGGAAAGUCUAUUUAGUAAUAAAUUAGCGUUAUUUUAUAAA